AUCAAAAAUCCCCAUCAGGAGGCUAGACAUUGAGGGUCAUUUGACAGGAUCUGUCGCGAUCUACCAGAAUCAUAAGAACCAGAAGGGUUCGAAUGGCCUGAUCAGCAAUAUGGGGGAAAAGGAAUUUGAUUGUCAGCUCAGGAAGCUGACAACAGGCACUAAAUUGAGCACUCUUCUUCGAGAGCGGCCUCUCGUGGUGCUCAAACAAGAAACAACUGUCGAGCUUACCUUGCAGACCCUCGCAGGGCGAAAGAUACUCUCAGCGCCAGUUGUUGGACCUCCUGAAGGCGUAGAUCCGUCGACAUUCACAACCAACACAGCAGGCCAAGACGUUGUCUGCUUUGUGGACAUCAGAGACAUCUUGGUGUCCUUCCUGAAAGAGCUUGAUGAUGACAUUGUCCACAAUGCAAAGAUGCUCAAACGCAUGCAAGUCCUGGAGGAGAAGGGCACUGACUUUGCCACACGACCCCUGCGGUCCCUGCCAGUCAUAGGUGGUGAUGGUACCUUCUUCCAAAACCGCGCAGCUGCAAUGACCCUGCAUGAGCUCAUCCAUGACACCUUCCUAUACCCAAAGGAGACCAAGGCUAUCUUUGGGGGCUCCAAAACGCAGAGAGUGGUGCACCGGGCGGCUCUGUUUGACAAGGAGGGCAAGAUCACCCAUAUCAUCAGCCAGUCAGACAUCGCCAGCUUCCUGUACGAGCACAGGGACCUCCUGGGGGACCUGGGGAACAAGACAGCGAAGGAGCUGGGCUGGGCCAAGCUGAAUGUCAUCACAGUGAAGGCAGACACGGCCGCGCUAGAGGCGCUGGCGCUGAUGGCUGACAAGGACAUUGCAGGAGUGGGUGUUGUCAGCGAUGAAGGGGCCCUUAUCGGCAACUUCAGCUUCUCAGACCUCAGGGCGCUGUGUGCUGAGCAUUUCAGCUCGAUGGCGCUGCCAGUGGCUGAGUUUCUGGCGCUGGAGCAUGGCACAGAGUACUGGGGAGCGGCCGCCGGUGUCAAGCAGACAUCAGACGCAGAGCCUGGAUCACCAGCAGCCAGAUUUGCACACAACGGGGAGCUGAGGCAGAGGUCGCCCUCUGUGGGCCACAAGGUCGGACAGGCCUUGGUGCUUGCCACACCCAAUGACACAUUUGCGGAGAUCCUGGAGAAGCUGGUGACAAAGCACCUGCACCGCUUGUAUGUGGUAGAUGACAUGGCGCGGCCCAUUGGCAUUGUGACCCUCACGGACAUCCUGCGGAUGGUCAUGCAACAAAGCCGGUAGAUGAUCGUCCAACAGCUGCUUUUGCUCAUUGCCAUGCUAUGCGGAGGCACGUCCCUCCUGAGAUGCAUCCAUACGGUUUUCUGUUUGUCUUUUGCUUUGGGAUGCUGAGAUUUUAAGGUGCCUAAGAAGAUGCCCAUAAGUUAGUCACAGGGCCAAAACUGUGGGGACCCCACAUGUGUCUUUUUACGUGUGAAAUGAAGACCCAUGAUCAAAUGGUGUUGGCUGAUUGGAUAUGAAGUGUAAGUUGCCCGCGUAUGUACAUAUUGUGUUGCAGCUUCUGACAUGGACAUGCCUUGAUGAAUGCGGCAUAGUGUUUUACAUGAGUGGCUGUGUUUGUGACCACGGCCUGUGCACUGGAACGUGCGCAUGACUGCCAUUGUUCGUUGUAAGGCAGUUUUGCAAGA